AACACACAACAAAAAAAUAAAUAUUGCACACUUAUUCUUCUUGCUGAAAAAAGUCUUGGCUUGGUUUAAAUAUCCUCAUUAUCGAGUUUAAUCCCCCAGUUUGCGCUUUCCAGUUGUGUGUGUGUGUGUGUGGGUGUUCUUAUUUUUUUUUUUUUUAGUAUUUUGUUUUCCUACCCUGAACACUUGAAAACCCGGCUGGUUCGGGUUUGUAGCCCAUUCUACUGUGCAUACCAUCACAUCCACACCACAAAGCAUGCAUAUGAAAGGGAUAUCCAUUCUUUUGGGCUUCUUGUGGAUUGGCUCGACGACGGCACAACAAUGCACGGGAAACGAUUACAGCGGGACAUGUGGGAUUGUUGGCGUGGAUUACAAGGUGUUGACACCAGCUGCCGUCAUUCCAGCUGCAGAAGCCGAGCUGCAGCAGGCUUUUGAAAAGAUGGAGUCCUUGAAGACGUUUGCGCCGACAUGUUUUGGGUAUUUGAAGCAGGCGUAUUGUGCGCUUUUUUUCCCUGGUUGUGUCAAUGGCGUCCCUGCCUUUCCCUGCGAAAAUACCUGCAAGUUUGCUGUCCAAGCCUGUGGACCGACUUUUGCCUUAUUGCACCUCGAACACCUCUUACCUGAUUGCACUGUGAUGAAUGUGACGGGGACUCGGAUGCCACUUCCUACUCAAAACUGUUUGGCGGCGGAUGCGGCUGGAGCAAGGUUGGGCGUCAAGGCAGCGCAGCCUACCAGUAUGGUGAAUGCACAGCCGGCUGAGGUGUAUCGGGAGGGUAGCAUGAGCACAUCAAAUCUCUUGCUGCUCGUCUUUUAUGGCCUCUCCAUCCUAACCUACACAGACACAAUUCUCACCUUUAUGCGCAUGCGGAGAAGCUACUCGCUCGUGUCCUGGGCUGCGACAUGGCUCAUGUUUAUUUUCACCAUUAUGGUCGGUCAAAUCCUAUACCGUGGCGACAUUCACCGGGCUUUCAACACGGACUUUUGCCGAAUCCAAGCCCUUGUACAAAACUACUUUGUAAUGUCUGCGUACAUUUGGCCGUUUUUCUUUACAUUGGAUGUAUGGUUUGCGGUUGUGAGACGGAGGUUGAGGGCAACCUCGGAGGGUACGAGAUGGAAAUGGAACGCUCCGUUUGCCAUUCUUUUACCGGCUGUUCCGACGGUUAUUCUGGCCAUAAAGGCGAACCCGGUUUCAGUGGAUCCGCCAUUCAAUCUUCAACCUGGUUUUGGUCCCCAUGUUUUGUUUUGCUCGUACUUGUACCCUGUAAACGGAUGGGCCAUGUCUACGCUGCCGUUUGUCGGGGUGUUUGCUCUCGCUGCCAUUCUGAUGGGCGUACACGCCGCGUUCCAUCUCUGGCAACAACGACAAGCCUUCCGGUCCCUCAGCAAAGGCACCGAACGCUCUGGACACUUGUCCACAGAUGCCUUUAGCAGUGAUAACCAGAAUUCAACAUCUUCUGGAAUGGGAUCUGGCUCACAAGGCCGUGCUGCCCGCAUGCAAUCUAAAAUCUCUGCGGUCCUCUGUGCUCGUGUCUUGGGUGUUACGGUUCUCUACUUUUUCAUUUCCAUUGCAGCAAACUAUCAACAGCUCAAUGCUGUCAUCCAAAAAGAGUACUCCAAAUCCGACCAACAGCCCUCUUUCAGAGAUUUCAGUGCGUCGCUUGUGGGACCCAUUGGCUGGCUCAUUCUCUGCACCUCAUCCGCGACAUGGUCCCACACUAUCCCCGGCAGCAUCAUCAAAUGCUGCAAAAGAAGGAUAUCGCGUGGACGCAUAUCCGAUGACGAUGACGAUGAAUACACUGUCUCUACUAGCAAGCGAUCAAAGUCCAAGUCUCGCAAUAAGCAUUUCAACCCUGAUGACGACCGGAUCGAGCUUCGAAGGGGUGACUCCAAAUAUUCAAAUCACACCAGCCUUCAUCGAUCAGCAUCGACAGCAUCUCAUAUUUCUGGUCCGUAUAAUGUUCACACUACACACCCGAUUGGACAAGCCGCGGCACAAACUGCUACAACAGCACGGUUUGGCCCUGUUCCACCCGUUCCGUUGCAUCUCCAGCAAUCCUGGGCUGCUGAAGACCGAGAAGGGCGAAGGGCUAGAGAAACGGGACCGAGAUCUACGCGGGAAGAGUUGGCGGCUACCCGGAAGCAGUCUGGGAAGAAUGUGGGCCGCUAUGAAAACAAUUGGGGGGCACCAGAAGAGUGGUGAUAACUGUGAUUUUGGCUCCAGUUUUUCAAUUUUUUUAGCGUAUUAUAUUAGAGUUCUAUGGAAUAGAUUAUAUAGAGUUGGGAAACCCGCAUGGCUAUAGUGCAGGAGACGCAAAUUGUCGGAACAAGGGUUACGUGGUCAUCUCCGUUGAUCGGAAAGCAGAAAAGUAGACAAUAAUGUUAAACAAUAUUUACCAUUGUCUGCCAAGGAA